AUGGCGGACGGAUGUGGCACGGGGAGCGGGGACGUGGACGAGAAGCGGAACCAGAUGAUGCAGAACAUCUUCGGCGACGAGAACGAGUCCGAGGAGAAGGUGGUGGAGGAGGAGGUGGACCAGGCGGACGACGACGAUACCGGUGCGAGUGGCGGUGAUCGCGGUCCCGGUGGUGGGGGCGGUGGGGAGCAGCAGCAGAACCGCCUCUCCCCGCCCCCCGCGGCCGCGGAGGACGAGCACGAGUUGGACAAGGGCCACGACGGCGACGAAUGGGAGGAAGUGCAGGGUGAAAGACAAGGGUCAGGUGGCAUGGCUCAGGAAAUUGAGAGUGAUGCUCAUGAUACGGAACUUGGCAAUCAGAGUACACAAGGUCACAGAAAAGGCGUGACUACUGUAGAGGGAAACCAUGUCAAGAGAACAGUAACCAACGAAAUAAGGUCAAUAGAGGAUUACAAAGACCAUGAAGUUGUCCAUAAUGUUUUUGGUAAUGAUGAUGAAGAUGAGUUUGCUCCAUAUGGUGCUCAAGAUGACAAUGAAGAUGCUCAUGGAUCACUUAUGAAUGAUGAAGGCCACUAUGAGGAAUUGCAGUCAGAGGGCAUGCUUCAUGAAGAUAAGCAUUAUGAACUGGAAGGAAAUAUUGAACAUCAAAUGAAAGAUAAGCCACUUGGUCCUCCGCUGAACUUGGUGGUUCCACAUAUGCUGCCACCUGGUCAACCUGAUAGAAUGAAUGUGAUCAAGGUUUCAAAUAUUAUGGGGGUAAAUCCAAAACCUUUUGAUCCUGAAACAUAUGUGGAAGAGGAUGCUUCCAUGACAGAUGAAUCUGGGGGAAGGAAAAAGAUACAGUUGAAGGAUAAUGUUGUCCGCUGGAGAAUUUCUAAGAAUGAUGAUGGCACUGAAUCUUAUGAAAGCAAUGCACGUUUUGUAAAGUGGAAAGAUGGAAGUAUGCAACUGCUGAUCGGCAAUGAAGUUCUUGAUAUGUCUGUAAAUGAGUCAAAUCAUGAUAAUUCCCACCUGUUUCUGAGGAAUGGAAAGGGGCUUAUGCAAUCACAAGGAAGGCUUUUACAGAAGAUGAGAUGUAUGCCUUCUUCACUGUCCUCAAGAUCCCAUCGCUCAUUAACUGCUCUUGUUAAUUCUCAAAACAAGAAAACAAUUAAGAUGCAAACAUGGAUUGAUGAAAAAGAUCCUGAGAAGGUGAAGGAAGAAAAAGAAAAGGCUGAAGAAGAAAAUAUUCGAGCUAAUUCAAGUCUUCAACGAAAAAGAGAACAGGUGAAGCGCAAAUAUCAAAAGCAGAAACUUACCCCUGUUUUUCUGGAAGAUGCAUUAGAUGAGGAUGAUGCACGUGGAGUUGGUUACAAUUGGCACCAAGGCCCAGAUCGUGCACAUCUUGUGGAUGACUUGGAGGUGGAAGCACGUUCUGAGGGACGUGCAACUACUGUAAAGGAAAAUGUAGGGAAAGCUGUUUCAUCUGCUGAUGUACCCAGGCAUCAGGCGAAUGAGUAUUCCGAGAGUGAAAAGGAGGAAUCAGAGCUUGAAACAGAUGUCAAGGAUAUAGAUAAUUCACCAACGAAUGGAAGGGAAGAAGAUCUGGAGGAAGAGGAGGAAGAAGACCCAGAAGAAGUCAUAGGCGAUAAUUCCAUGUCCGAUGAAAAUAAUGAGGAACAAGAGCAUGUUAACAAGCACAAAGGGAUCGACUCUGACAAUGAAUCUCCACCAAGGAAGCCACCUGUUAAUCGUAGAAAGAUAGUUGUUUUCGACAGUGAUGACGAGUGAGAGACAGUAAGAACAAACUCUGCCUCUUAAACAGUUCUUUGGUCACCACUCAUCACUUCAAAUCUUAAGUAAUUGCUCUUGCCCUUGCUGUUUGGCAGAGGCAGCUGCUGCUGUUGGAGUUCAUAUAUGCUCCAUUGCUUGAAAUUACCGUAUCAUAUUUUGGGAAAGAAAAGUCACAUUACCUGGUUCUGUGUCAAAAUAUCGACAUCGUUAGAUACUGAAGUUAGAGUUUAAUGCAGGGAGAUACUAGAAGUGUUUUGUAUAUACUUAUAGAGAUAGCAGACAACCAAUCUAAUGGAUGUGGAAUGU